AUAUAUAUUACCUGAUAAAAGUUCUUUCUGCUCAACAAAUUCCCAUCCAAGUUUACACUGCAUCACUGUUUUUUCAACCUGAACCACUAAAAUUUAGUAUACACUGUUUCUAAGGUUUGUUUAGAAUCUAUGCUGAGACAUAGAUAGGCCAAAAUGGUCUCUGCCAGCGAAAAGAUGCGAUAAUCACUUCAGCUUUGAGAAUCAAAGCCCUGUCCUCUCGCCCCGAUAAAUGAAAAUAAAUUGAACAACGGUCUAUCUUGCAAGGAAACAGGAUGUUCUUCGGUAAUGUGGAUUCUUCCCUGCUGUCGUCUUCAUUGAUAUGAUGAACACAUGACAGCAAAGUGGGGUACUAUGAAAAGCAAACUCAAUGUGCAGGAUUGUUGAGGGAGACGUGGAGGCUUUACUGGAUGUCAACCUCAUUCGCAGCUAUAGCCGGAGGUGCUGGAGGGGUGUUAGCAGUAUUGGCAGUAGUCAUUGGCUUUGUGUGGUUUUGCAUGAUGCAGCGGAAAAACUUAAACAAGAAUUCAGAUACAGGUUCUUCAGAUCCAUCCACAGUAGUGGAGUUGAAAAGAGGAGGAGCUAGUUCAUCUGCAGCACCACCUCUAUCUGGGCCACACGGCGCAAGGCAGUUCACAAUGGAAGAAUUGGAGCAAGCUACCAAGCAUUUUGAUGAAAGCACACUAAUUGGAUAUGGAAGUUUCGGUCUGGUUUAUACAGGAUUCCUUGGUGAUGGGACUGUUGUGGCCAUCAAACGGCGUACUGGUGUCCCUCGACAAGAACUAAUUGAAGAGGUAGCUUACUUGUCAGGAAUUCAGCAUCGUAACCUGGUUACUCUUCUAGGCUACUGCCAGGAAAGUGGAUAUCAAAUGUUAGUUUUUGAACAUGUACCCAAUGGCAGCAUGUGCAAUCAUUUAUAUGAUACCGGAAAUGAUUUGACAACAAAACUAGAGUUCAGGAAAAGGAUCUCCAUAGCUCUUGGGGCAGCUAAAGGGUUAUGCCAUUUGCAUAGCCAAAGAUCUCCCAUUGUACAUGGUAACUUCAAAACAGCAAAUGUCCUGGUUGAUGGAAGCUUCAAUGCUAAAGUUGCAGAUGCAGGGGUUUCCAGACUACUCCAAAGAGUAGAAGAUGCAGGUCCAUCUCGCAUGACCAGUGUCAAUGUUUUCCAAGAUCCAGAGGUAGGCCAUACGAGGAUAUUCUCUGAAAUGAGCGACGUGUACAGCUUUGGGGUAUUCCUAUUGGAACUUCUAACAGGAAGGGAGGCUUUACAUAUUGACAGCUUUGGAUCUAAUGAAAGUAUACUUCAAUGGGUUGAAACGCAUUUGGAUUCAAAUGAUUGUGUGGACUGUCGGCUGAUUGGGAGCUUCACCAGUGAGGGAAUGAAAGAUUUUAUAAGGCUGACACUUCGAUGCAUGAGUUUUCCAGGAAAAAGAAGACCAAAGAUGGAAAUGGUAGUGUCAGAGCUUGACCAGAUCCAAGAGAAAGAGAUCAAUCUCACAGUCAUGGGUGAGAGUAUCGAAACAUUUAAACUUGGAAGCGAGCUAUUUACUUCAAAAUAAGAAAAAAUAUAGAGAAGAAGAACUGUCGGUGCUGACGAUUUGAGAAAGCUUAAGCAAAUCCGUACAAGCAACUAGCAGCUAGCAAACUAGCUUUAGCAUAUUUUUCUUUCUUUCUUUUUUGUUUUACCCCAGUAUUUGUUGAGGAAAAAAAAGAAGCAACUCAAAUUAUGAAAACAGGUGGGAUGUAAGUUAUGAUCUUGUUUUUCUGUAAUGAGAUGAACUAACAUUCUUAUAUUCUAGAUGGAUAGUUCAGUAACAAUAAUGACUGCCGGUCCUGAA